AUGUUCGCAGAAUCAUUUAGUUAUAUUGAUACUGAAUCAUGGUCAGAUGUUGAUAAAGCUCCUGAUAUACCAGAGUUUAUUGCUGAACCUGGUCCAAAAAUUUUUCCUGCUGAUAAGCAAAGCAUAAAAGAAAUCGUCGAAAUGGUUAUUGGCAAUGAUUUAUUUGCGUUGAUGGUGAAUGAAUCAAACAGCUAUUAUCAUCAAAAUAAGGACAAGAUUUGUAAGGGGAAGAAAAUGUCUAAGUGGAAUGAUGUUUCUCUAGCCGAGAUGAAGAAAUUUCUUGGUAUGAUUAUAUUGAUGGGCCAAGUCAAAAAAGAUCGAAAAGAUGAUUACUGGUCCUCAGAGUUUUAUACCAAAACACCAUCGUUCUUGAUAAUAAUGUCACGUAACAGAUUUCGCCAGAUUUGA